UUCUGCUUUAACACCACAGACAAAUAUACGUUUAUGUGCACUUAUACUGUACAACAAUAUAUAGUAUGUACGGUAUAUGCGCGUGUGUUUUGUUAGUAAGCGGGUUAGGGAAUUCACGAUGUCGGUUUUGAGACGACGUGUGUGUUCAUAGACACUGCUAAUGUUAAUAAUGCCGAUUGCGGAGAACAUCACUGUCCAGCCCGGCAGCUGCGGUCACUCCCAGCUCCAUCCAUCUGCAGCUGCGCAGGCGCAGGCAGAGGAUCGACGCAGUCAGGCCAGGACCAGCCCUGUGGCAGCAUCACCCGACCCAGCCAGCGGCAGCAAGAGCCCUGUGGCCCGGCCAGUCAUUGAUGGAGCAACCCUAAAAGUAGACGACAGACUCAGAGUAGCAAAGGAGAGGAGAGAGGAGCAGGAGAAACAACAAGCUGCCCGGGAGUCCCAGGCCCUGGAGCGCGAGCGGAAAUCUCGGGCGCAAUACGAGCAGCAAAUGGAGGAGCGACAGAGGAAGCUGGAGGAGCAGCGCCGGAAGGAGGAACAGCGGCGAUCUGCUGUAGAGGAAAAGAGGCGACAGAGGCAGGAGGAAGAAAAGGAGCACUACGAAGCUGUACUGCGGCGAGCGAUGGAACGCGGCCAACGGCUGGACCAGAGGCAGAAGAGGUGGUCCUGGGGGGGAGGAGUGAAUGUUGAUUCCGUGGACAAACGUUUGAAGCAGCAGGCUGAUCCCGUGGUCAGCAAGCAUCUGUCCUCAUCCUCGGCCUCCCUUCUCAAUUCCCCAGACAAGACGGGGCGCCCCCUGGCUGCACUCGCAAACGGCUGCACCCUGAACCGCCUGCUCACUCCCACCCAGGCCUCCAUAGCUAGGAGCAGGAGUGCUGCCGCCGCCCUGUCAGCAUUGGCAACCGGCUCCCAAGCUUUGGUCAGCUCCCUGCCCUCGGCUCGCCGACCACUCCGCAGCCGCAGCAGUGACCGCCAGAAGCCCCUAACGACCCCCGCAGCCCUGCCUUCAACAAGGGGACCUGACAGUUCACAGAAAACUGUGAAGGAGAAACGGUUCUCAUCACCAGGAACCAAACGUCCAGCUUCUCCCUCCACGCUACCAGGCCGCCGUUCGCCCUCCCCUGCACCUGCAGCAUCAGGCGCCAACAGGAGACCGUCAUCCCCUGCACCAGCAAAGCCGGCUUCACGCUCCCGGCCCCCAUCGCCUACUGUGACCAAGCAGCGCCCCCCCUCCCCGCAGCCCAACGCCAAGCCCCCUCCCAUCCAGCGGCCCGCCCUCACACCCACAGGACCUCCUGCUCUCCGAAAGCGGGAGACCAAGCCAAAGGAGAGCUCCCCUGUGCAGCCCCUACUCGCUCACUCCCAGGAGACAGCUGCAGCAGGCGCAGCUUCUAGUACCAAGACCAAAGAUGACAGCAGUGCAAAAGUCAUAGCAGGCUCCACAUCAGCCGAGGAAGCUGCCAGGAUCUUGUCGGAGAACCGACGACUCGCCCGGGAGCAGAAAGAGAGAGAGGAGCAGCUCCGAGUCCAGAGAGAGGAGGAGGAGAGGCUAAGGAAGGAAGAAGAGGAGCGGCUAGCGGAAGAGCAGAGGGUUCAGCGCCUGGAGGAGGAGCGCAGGAGAGCAGAGGAGAGGAAGAGGCUCGAGGAGGAGCGAUUGCACCUUGCGCAGGAGGAGAGGCAGAGGCUCGAGGCAGAGGAGAUGGCCAGACAAGCGGAGCUGCAGAGGGAGCGUGAGGAGGCCGAGGCUCGGGCCCAGGAGGAGGCCGAGAAACAAAGGCAGGAGCGUGAGAGGAUCAUGCAGAGGAACCAGCAGGAGCGGAUGGAGAGGAGGAAGAGAAUUGAAGAAAUUAUGAAGAGGACACGAAAAACUGACCAAAGUGAUUCUAAGCGGGAUGAGAAGGGCAUGCUUGAUGAGACAGAGGAGGAAGACGGCAAGGCAAAAGAACAGAGACUGAAAGAGGUAGAGUACCGUGCUGAGGAGCAGGAGCUUCAGCAGGAUGCAGAGAGGUGUGACCACCCUGCUGAGGAGCCUUUGGCAAUGCAGGUGCAGCCUGCAGUGAAUGUAAAUGAGAAGGUGGAGAUGAGCACCAAGGAGGACUCGGGCGAGGAAGAGGUGGCCAUUAGCUCGAUGCCCAAGGCCCGAGUGGGGGAGAAGGAGCCCAGCGACGCUUUACUGCCAGGCGUCAAGUGCAGGGUGGGAUCUUGGAACUUUGAGGAGCUCAUUGAUCAGCCUGUGCACCCCAAGGCUCAGUCAAUUGCUGGGGCAGAGGGACAUGACCUGAUCGAUGCAGAUACUGCUGCACCCUAGUUAGCACAGAGAGGCUCUGUCUGAGAUGUGAGCCUGUUGCCUCUGCUGGGCUUUGACUAUUGCACUGCAGGGUCACUGCAAUCCAAAGGCCCUUCAUUAAGCUGCUUCACCAGGACUGACUGACAGGGAGAGAAGAGGAGAGGAAGGCAACCCGAUGUCAGCAGGAAACGAAAGGAGCAAUGCAAAUGCAUCGUUUUGCACCUCUGAAAAUUAUCGAUCUUCAGGGAAAAAUGUUCCUUCAAUGGUCUUACAUUUUUGUUACAUCCUAAUAUAAACUUUUAUGUCUUUUUUUUUUAUUAUUUGCAAUAUUUUGUAUCAUUGCUGUAUUUGUUGUAAUUUAUUCAGAUGUGCCAUUUGUUUAGUUUUCUACUGACGUGAUCAUUUUUGGGGGAAGGCUUGUCGGUGGAAGAACACUCGAGGGAGUCUUUUCCAAGUGGGUGAAUUGAGACGUGAACAUUGAGAAGGAUUAGGCCUGUGCUCGAUCAAAGCCUCUUCUCAUAAAUGUCCUAAUACGCUUAUUUAUUCUUUUUACAGCCGCAUUGUUUUUAAAUUUGUGAAAUCAUAGAUGUGUAACACCAAGGUGGCAUCAGAUCCUCAGUGAGAUGCUCCUUUAUAGUCGGUUGGUGGAAACCUUACUGGUUCCGGCUGCGUGUGGUCUGCUAGGGCUCCGCUGCGGGUGGUGCUUGUAGAAAUCACACGGUGUGCGGUAAAUACUGGAGGUCCUGGGCACGGUCUCCUCACGGGGUGUUUCUUUAACUGCACAGGCAAAGGGGGCUGGUUUUCUUCUCAAUUUUCCUACGAAGUGUGAAGGCUGAGGACUUCGGACUGACCUCCCUCCGUUCCAGUAAACCGAAGGAGGAAUUUGGUGCACUUUAGGAGAGUAAUGACUUUAAAUGAUAGUCCGUCACUGGUCCUUGGAUUGUUUUUCACUGCUCCCUUAGUUUUUCCCUGUAGAUUGUUGGAAUUUUAUAGAAAAUCUUUAUUUCCGUUUAUAGACACAAUGCGUUUGAAAGAGAACGCAACCCAACAGAAGGUAGCGUUUGAGGUUUGGAUAUGUAGCUUAGCAAUAAUGGUCAAUAAAGUAAUAUUAACAGCUGCAGUCAGUUUUUUUUGUGUUCACUGUUCAGUGUUGUCCUUUACUGAGUCACGUGCACAAAUUUCAAGGCUGCAAGUCCUACGAGGGCAAACUGUCAAUCUGUCCCACUUACCGCAUUACGUAGUGUCAAAAUACUGUUUACACAUCUGCAUUUUGCUUUUUCUAUACGUAUGUUUGCACUGACAAAGUAUCUAGACCAAGUCAGUUUUCAUUCCUGUUACACAAUUUAAUUUUUUCUGAGGGUGGGAAAAUUUAGCUGCUUGUUUCUGUAUUUAUAGGUUAAGGUAUUUUCCUUCAUAUUAAAGUAUCGUAAUCAGUAUUAGAACAGUCACUUGGGAAGAUGGUUGUCUGCGGUCACUGUGCACCUCCAGUCACCCACUUUCCUAUCGGAAUUGUUCAUUUUAAACUUAUUGCCACCGUCACCCUUGCGUGGAAAGGAUUUUAGGCACAAAUCUCCUAUCUACAGAUUUACUCGGCAGCUCCUCCUGUCCUCCCUGUGGUCUGAUAAUAUUGCGUAGCGGUGUGUACGUUUUGAUUCCCACCUAACCUAGUAAAAUCGAUGCCACAUUUGUUCCCUCCGGUGCUCCGGACUGAGCAGUGCAGUUCUGCUCUUCCGUUUUCUUCCACAGCUGAAGAUCAAACAUACUUAUAUACAUGGGCUUGUUUGCCUGCUUCAUCCGACACAUCGGGAAAGAACGAUUAGCAAAAGUUUGUUCCUCAUAUUCUCAUUGUGCUGUAUACUGAGGACACCUAUUCUCCAUAUAUUAAGAAUGGCACCUUUAAUUAGAAAAAGAUACUAAGCUUGAAUUGAGUCAACUUAAAACUGGGAACUAAGAACCUUCAUCAGCAGUUGUUACGGUGUAAUGCAUAUUUUAUUGUAGUGCGAUUGUGAAGGGAAUGCCUGUCCCAAACGCUGAAGGGACGUGUCUGUUGCGGACUGCAUGGACAACGGUGGAAUGCUCCUGUAGUUUUAUCGUAGAUGUUCAUCGAUCCGUGAGCAUCGUCUCCAGCAAAUGAUUUUUCACCCAUGAAUCUGGACUCUUUGCAAUAUAUGGCAGUAAAUCUUUUCAUAAGUUUGUGGUGCAGUUCCUUGCAGAAUAUGGAUGAUAAAAGCUUUACUGUCUUGUCCUGUGGGCUGAAUUUUUUUUUUUUUUUUUUCCCCCCCUAAUCCUCCCAUUUGAAAAAGCAUUUUCUGAAUUAUACUGAGUCAUAGUGCUGUUUAAAAUGGGACCAGGUCAAUAUCAGAGCUAUUAAAAUAGGGAAUUGUGGGGCCGCGGUGGACAGAAGCGAACUUCAUGCAAAGUGUCAUGUUGCCUCUUUCGAAGUUCAAGUUUUCAUUAGCCAUCUUUGUCAGUGUUUCUAGCUGACCAGCAUGUUGAGUCUUUGCUUCAGGUUCAGUGAGAAAUCUGCUAAAGGCAGCGAUCUGUUGAACUGUUUAUUCUUGUUCAUAGCUAUAACCGUUGCUAUUUCCUGAUUCAGUCAACGCAUCCCAUCGGGGACAAGGCCUGCCAUACACUCGCUGCCACGGCUGAAGCGGACACAUCUGUAUUUCUGUCCGUGUGUGUGUGUCAGUACAGCACUGGUGUUUAAUCUCCGCCUCCACAGUUGUAGGUAUAGCAGUGCCUUAGGUUGUGAAUAGGAUGUGGUUGAUGUGGUUUAUUUCGGUAACUAAAUGCAUCUUUAGAAAAUGUGCAUAUUUCGGCCACGACAAUCAUUGUGCCCAGCCAGGACCCCGAACACAACUGGCCCAGUCUUGAGCUUUGCACAUGCUGAAACACAGCCUUUGUAAAAUAUAUUGGUGUACUGAAGGAAAUGAAAUGUUUAAAUGUUUGCAAAAUAAAGAGCCAUAUGACAAGUUGUGGAAAUUGUACCUUAUUGGAGGAAAUAUCAAAGCGCAGCUCAACAUGGACACCUUUCUUUAUAACCACCUUUUAUUUCUUCAGCUGGAUUGCAGGUUUCAUUGUAAAUGCUGUAAAUACACUAUUGAUAGAGGUGAGAAAUGAUUGACAGUUGGUAUAUGAGAAGAUGCAUGACAAAGGAGCGCAUUUUCUGAGCUGCUUCCAGGUUUCAGCAUCGAGUAUAAGAAGCACACAAACAUCACAUGCCAGAUAUUAGAAUGUCAUCAAGGAAAUCCAAUGUAUUAAUGAUUGUGAUGCUUGUGACCCCUACAUUGCACUGCUGUUACUGUUGGGGACACAUUCUCUGCAGCAGAAAGGUUAUUGCAGAUUAAUAUUCUGCACUAAGAGUGCCUCUAGGGACUAGAUAAAUUGUCUACAGAAGCAAAUUGGUAAAUGAUCAGCAUGUAAAACUGCACAAUUGAAUUAUAUAAGUGGAAAAGAGAUGAAGACAGCUCUUUGACAAGCUUGCAAUUAGCUGACAGUAAACAAAAAUUAAAAGGAUUCA